AUGGGUCAAAUCCUUUCACAGCCAAUUACUGAGAAGAGUAGUGAGGAAGGUGGCGAUAAGUUUCUCGCCUACGGUUUAUCUUGCAUGCAGGGUUGGCGUAUUUCCAUGGAGGACUCUCAUUCCACCAUUUUGAACAUGAAGAGUGUUGAGACCGAUGCCGCUGCCGCUGCGGACGGGGCAAUGGGACAGGAGGAAGAUAUUGCUAAACAGAUAGCUUACUUUGGCGUGUUUGACGGUCAUGGAGGAGAGAAAGUGGCACAGUUCACGGGAAGGAGUAUUCCUCGCAUCUUGAAACUGACCAAAGCUUUUGGUAAUAAGGAUUACAUCAAAAUGUUCAAGGACGGCUAUCUAGCAACUGACGUGGCUAUUUUGAACGACGAUGAACUCUCAAAGGAUCCAUCCGGUUGUGCUGCUACAUCCGUUAUAAUCACGAAGAAUGAGAUAAUCUGUGGUAACGCUGGAGAUUCUAGAACAGUUAUGUCCAUUUCCGGUAAGUGCAAACCAUUGUCUUUUGACCACAAACCAACCAACGAGGGUGAGAAAGCGCGUAUUGUUGCUGCAGGAGGAUACGUGGAUCUGGGUCGUGUAAAUGGAAACCUGGCAUUAAGUAGAGGUAUCGGUGAUUUCGAAUUCAAGAACGCUGCCGACUUACCUCCUGAAGAGCAGGCUGUGACGGCUUUUCCAGAUGUGCUUGUGCACGAUGCAACCAGCGAAGAUGAAUUCAUAAUACUCGCCUGCGAUGGUAUAUGGGAUUGCCUUACGUCUCAGCAGGCUAUAGAUUUUGUUAGACGCGGAAUUAAGCUAAAGCAAUCACUUACAGAGAUUUGCGAGACUAUGAUGGAUACCUGCUUGGCCCCAACUUCCGGCGGUUCUGGUAUAGGGUGUGAUAACAUGUCCGUCUGUAUCGUGGCUCUCUUAAAGGGUGACAGUUUAGAACGAUGGUAUGAUAAAAUUGCUGCUAAACUCACCGAUGAAGAUCUUUCACAGCUACCUACUCCUGACAACUUGUCUCUUGAUCUGUAUAAGGUGGACUUGAAAACCAAACAGCAACAGCAAAACACCAAAAGUGAGGAGGCAGCUGCGGCAGCGGCUUCCCGAAAUUCAUCUGUCACAGAUUAUGACGACGAAGAGGAUUCUGUGCUGAAGACGGGCGCCACAGGUGGUGCACCAAAUUUGAUUCAGCAGCUAUUAGCAGCGUCCAAUAUAUCCACCAACAAUGAUAUAAUCUAUUUGGAUUCUUCUGCUUCUUCUAUUUUACAGUCUUUGGGUGUUAUGGAAGAAGAUGAGGCUGACGCUGAUGGCGACAAAAAGAUGGAAGAGAUUACUGAUGAUGAUAACGACAAGAGCAAUGACGACGACGAGCCAUCCGAGAAGCCCGAGUAG